AUGCAUUCUUUAUCGCUGCAGUUAAAGAAACACAAAAAUGGGGAGAUAAGAGCAGUGGUAACUAAUUUGGGUCCAGAAAAUAUUGUACAGAUUGUGACUGAUAACGGGUCCAACUAUAAGAAGGCAUGUCAGGUUUUGAGAAGGGAAUAUCCUGCUAUCACGUGGCUGCCUUUUGUGGCACACACGAUAAAUUUAAUGUUAAAGUCGGUUGGUGAUUUUAGAGAACACGACAUUGUCAUCCAAAGUGCAAGGGCUAUAUCACGAUGGCUGUACAAUCAUUCGAAACUACAUGAAAUGAUGAAGGCAGCAAUUGGUGGAGAGUUGGUGAGGUGGAAUGCCACAAGAUUUGGAACUAACUACCUAUUUCUUGAUAGCUUUCUACGACGAAAGGAUAAGUUCAUACAAUGGAUGGCAUCCAGCAGUCUCGAUACAUUAGUUCUGAUAUUGGAAGAUAUGCACAUGGACAAAGUGCCAACAUUGAGUGAGGUACUCCUGAGAUACACCAUUGUGAAGCAUGAGUAUGAAUCAUUGUAUAAGAAUGAUAGGGAUUCUUUGGAUAAGUACAUGGCAAUUGUCGAUCGUAGAAUGAAUGAUCUAGCCAAUGGGACAUACAUGAAUGCCGCGGCCGUUUUGAACCCCCGCACGCAUUACGCGUAUGGCACAGGUCCAACCUUGUUCGAAGAUCUCCGUGAGGCAUUUGAGCGGCUGACUGAUGUUACUACUGCCGCGGAAGCACUUAUUGAGGCUGAAACAUGGUGGUCCAUGUUUGGUUCAUCUACACCUACACUAUCAAUGCUUGCUAGACGCCUAGUGUCACAGUGCGCCUCAUCUAGUGGUUGUGAGAGGAACUGGAGUACAUUUGCUUUCAUCCACACCAAAGUUCGCAACCGAUUAAGCUACAAGAAGCUCCAUAAGUUGGUGUAUGUCAACUACAACCUGAGAAUACAGAACAACUUGAAUGCAGGUAUCAGGUCAACUCUUGAUGAUGAUCCAUUUCAGCGGCUUAUGGAGCUCACAUUGAAUGAGGAUAACAAUCCGGUCCGGGACUGGAUGGAGACCGGGAGAUCAAAUGCAGCCCCUGAGCUUGACGAGGAGGACACAGAUAGCGACGUACCCUUGCCUACUCACCUGGUGACAGACAUAGUGAACACACCUGACUUGCAACAAUGGGCUGCUACAACGGUUGGUGACACACACACGGGAAAGAGGAAGAAGUAAAUGAC